CGAAAAAUUGUAAAAUUUCUGUUGAUUUCAGCAUCAUAUUUAAAUUUGGCGCGCUAGGUGACAACAGCGCAAGUGCGUUAAUCUAGUAACAUAGUUACUAAGUGAAAGAACUAAAAGUCUUGGGAACAUUUUUGUAAAAAAAGCUGGUAAAAUUGUUGUAUGUAAUCGAAUUACUGUGUUGUAUUAUUAGGGUGCGGUUAAGGUGGGACACAUUUUUAAGUUUGUUAUUAAAAAUUAUUAUUAGUUUAAAUAAAAUAAUUCUGACAAAAUGACCAUUUUGGAAUCAUGUUGGUCUCCAAUUAUUUGGACAAAUAAUAUUAAAGCAGGGAGUAAAGCAAUUGCUUUUUACACUGCGGCAAUGAGUAUUAUAUUGAUAACACUAAUUAUUUAUCAAAUGUUCGGAGGAGAUUCUACUCAACUUUACAAUCCGCUUUUUGAAGCCGAUUCCAGACUUUCCCUGCAAGUUGUAGGAUCAUUAUUCAUUGCUUUCUUCGUUUUGUUGAUUAUUUUUGCAAGAUUUAUUGUGAUUGGUAUUAAUCACCGCGUGAGAGGAUGGUUAUUACCUUGGCUCGUUGCCUGGUUUAUUUUCUGUGCCUUUCAAUUAGUAUUUGGACUAUGGUUAUUAGGAGGAUAUUAUAUUUAUCUUCAAGUUGUUUUGCCGACACUGAUCAAUUGGCUUUGGAUGGGAUAUAACUUUUACUGUUGGCUAUGUGUCCUAUCGGUUUACAAACUCUUCCAGCAGAUACAGUCACCCAAUAUUGAAUUACUGUGGCCGUAAACGAGAUUUUUUUACAAUAAUUUACAUGUGACCUUAUAACCCAAUUUUUUUUACUAAUUUUUAUUCAAGUAUUUAAA